UAACACCGGAACUGUGAUGUUCGGACCGCUGCAGCCCUACACUCCACAACACUAUUAUUGUUCAUAUAUGAUUCAUUUCACUUCUCUCAAGUUUUCCUGCCAUGACGCUCUGGAUUCCCACUAAAAGAGAGAAAUAUGGAGUGGCUAUCUAUAACUAUGACGCCAAAGGACAGCCAGAGCUGAGUCUUCAGGUUGGGGACACGGUACACAUACUUGAGACGUUUGAAGGGUGGUACCGAGGAUACACACUACGACAGAAAUCACAAAAGGGCAUUUUUCCUGCCAACUAUAUUCAUCUGAAAGAAGCGAAAGUUGAGGGAACUGGGAAACAAGAGACUGUCGUACCUACAGAUUUGCCCUUGGUCCAGGAACUUGGCACCACACUACGGGAAUGGACACAAAUAUGGCACAAUCUUUACGUGAACAACAAGACCACGCUGUUCCGGAACGUUCAGCAGAUGGCCUACAGUCUGAUCGAGUACCGCUCGCAGAUUGUGUCCGGCACGCUUCCCAAUGACGAACUUGUGGAGCUGAGGAAGAAAGUCACUGCAAAAAUCGACUAUGGAAACAGGAUUCUGGGUCUUGAUUUAGUGGUGCGCGAUGAAGCCGGAAACACCUUAGAUCCCGAGCGCACCAGCACGGUCAGUCUGUUCAGGGCUCACGAGAGCGCAUCCCUCAGUAUUGAUGAGAGGAUACAGGAGGAGAAGAUGCGGCUUCAGAGCCUGGAGAAGCGGCGUCAGGCCCUCUUCAGCGGCGUGCACACGUACAGCAUCCUAAUGAAUCUCAAAAACUUUGUAUGCAACAUCGGCGAAGACGCAGAACUCUUCAUGUCAUUAUAUGAUCCUGACAAGUCUGAGUUUAUUAGUGAAAACUUCCUGGUGCGGUGGGACAGCACAGGCAUGCCGAAAGAGAUCGAAAAACUCAACAACCUUCCUGCACUCUUUACGGAUCUGAGCAGCAGUGACCUCAUCAGACAGCGCCUCUUCCUGGUGUGUCAGAUCAUCCGUGUGGGAUGCAUGGAGCUGAAGGACGGAAAGAAACACACAGGAGGGCUGAGGAGGCCGUUUGGAGUUGCAGUCAUGGAUAUCACAGAUAUAGCCCAUGGGAAAAUUGAUGAUGAUGAUAAGCAGUAUUUCAUCCCUUUUCAACAGAUUGCCAUGGAAACGUACAUCCGUCAGAGGCAGCUAAUCAUGUCUCCUCUCAUCCCGUCUCGUGUCAUUGGUGAGAACGAGCCACUGGCUGUCGUCUUCAACAAGGUCAUCGCAACGCGAGAGGUCAACCACAAAGGACAGGGUUUGUUUGUGACCCUAAAGUUGCUCCCUGGAGAUGUGUUUCAGGUUAAAAAAGAUUACCCUCAUUUUGUGGAUCGCACAACAGCUAUAGUCCGGAAAAUGGGCUUUCCUGAAAUUAUCCUGCCAGGUUAUGUAAGGAAUGAUAUAUAUGUAACACUUCUACAAGGAGAAUUUGAUCGUGGCAAGAAGAAGACCCCCAAAAAUGUAGAAGUUAUAAUGAGCGUGUUGGAUGAAGAAGGAAAUCCCAUGGAGAAAGCCAUGUUUCCUGGAGCUGGUUAUGAAGGGAUCACUGAAUAUAAGUCUGUCAUCUACUAUCAAGUCAAGCAGCCCUGCUGGAAUGAGACUGUUAAGGUGGCCAUUCCUAUUGAGGAUGUGUGUCGAUGUCACCUGAGGCUGACCUUUAGACACAGAUCUUCUCAAGAUUCCAGAGAUAAGUCUGAGAAGCCUUUUGGCAUGGCCUUUAUUCGUCUGAUGAAGUCGGAUGGCACCACACUCCCAGAUGGAAAACACGAUCUCAUUGUCUACAAGGUGGAUGUGAAGAAAACCGAUGAUGCCAAGACGUAUUUGACUCUGCCUGGCUCGUAUGCUGAAGUGGAAGAGAAAGAGAGACAAACGGGAAAAUCCUUCCAUCAUGCCGGUCUCAUUCCUACCACCAAAGACAGCUUCCAGAUCGCCACCCUCACCUGCUCUACAAAGCUUACUCAAAACGUUGACCUUCUGGGGCUUCUCAACUGGAGAUCAAACACAGAGAGACUUGAAGAAAUUCUUCAGAAACUGAUGGAAGUAGAUGGAGGCGAGAUUAUUAAAUUCCUGCAGGACACACUAGACGCUCUCUUUAAUAUCAUGAUGGAGACCUCCGAGGAAGAAACCUAUGAUACACUAGUUUUCAAUGCCUUGGUUUUUAUCAUCUCACUGAUUGGUGACGUAAAGUUUCAGCAUUUCAACCCUGUUUUGGAGACCUACAUUAGCAAACACUUCAGCGCUACUCUGGCGUAUCAGAAAUUGACCAAAGUGUUGAAUUAUUUUGUGGGCCAUGCUGAGAACCCGGCUCAUACAGAGCGACUAUACGCCGCCUUGAAAGCCUUCAAAUAUCUUUUCCGUUUCAUUGUGCAGUCUCGAAUACUCUAUUUGAGGUUUUAUGGGAAAAGUGAAGAUGCAGGGCAGUUUCUCGACUCCAUUCGGACCUUAUUUCUCUCAAUCAGCAAUCUGAUGGACAGACCUCUGGAUGAAGGAGUUAAGAUAAAGGGAGCAAUCUUGAAAUAUCUCCCCACCAUCAUCAAUGAAUUACAGAAGGUCUUUGACGCUGUAGAGCUCAGUGUUCAGCUGGCUAAGUUCAUCGAGAGCAUCCCGGAUUUUCAGAUGGUGAGGCAGAAGCUGGGCUGUCUGGUGAAAAUUGUUGAGAGUAACCUGUUCAAACAGCCAGACUGCAGAGAUGUUUUGUUGCCCCUGAUCACAGAUCAGCUGAGUGGACAACUGGACGAUCACUCCAACAAACCCGAUCUUGAGGCGUGUGUUCAGCUGCUGAGCACUGUACUGGACAUGCUGGACUGCAAAAACGUGGGUCCCACGUCCGGUCAUGUGAAGUUAAUCGUGGACCGUCUCUUGCGGAGAGUCAACCGUACGGUCAUCAGCCUGAGCUUGGACUCUCCCUUCAUAGGCCACUACCUGGCAUGCAUGACCGCUAUCCUGAAACAAAUGGAAGACGCGCAUUAUGCACAAUACAUCAGCACCUUCAAAACCAGACAGGACAUUAUCGAUUUUCUAAUGGAGACUUUCAUCAUGUAAAAUCUGAUGGGCAACGUGUUUCCGCCUGACUGGAUGAUCCUGAAUCUUCUCCAAAUGAAAGUCUUCCUGCGGGCGAUAGACCAGUACUCUGAUGUUCUCAACAAGUACUUUCUGGAAUCCGCUCACUUCCACUUACAGCUUUGGAACAACUACUUUCACCUGAUUGUUGCCUUCCUUACCCACAAGUCCUUGCAGCUGGAAUCCUUCUCGCUUGAGAAACGAGACAAGAUUCUCAACAAGUGCGGAGACAUGCGGAAAAGGCUCGGCUUUAAGCUGGGAGAAAUGUGGCAGAAUCUUGGCCCAGAGAAGAUAAAGUUUAUCCCUGCAAUGGUUGGGCCGAUCCUGGAAGCCACGUUAGUGCCUGAGCCUGACCUGAGGAAAGCCACCAUCCCCAUCUUCUUUGACAUGAUGCAGUGUGAACACAAUGUCAGCUCCAACCACACCUUUCAGAAGUUUGAGAAUGAGCUAAUCACAAAACUGGACCAGGAAGUUGAAGGAGGCCGUGGUGAUGAACAAUACAAGAUUCUGCUGGAAAAAAUACUGUUGGAGCGCUGUCGGCCGCAUCGGUAUCUGCGUCAGUCUGGUGAGGAGUUGGCUCUGCUCUUGAGUAGUCUGCUGGAGAACCUGCUGGCCUACCGCACCAUCAACCACGACGAGAGCCCUGAGCUCCGCAUGAGCUGCACUGUCAACGUCCUGAACUUUUACAAAGAAAAGAAAAGGGAGGAUAUUUAUAUCCGAUAUUUGUACAAGUUACGUGAUCUACAUCUGGCCUGUGAGAAUUACACCGAGGCUGCCUACACCCUGCUGCUGCAUGCUGAACUGUUGGAGUGGUCCGACAAGCCGUGCGCGCCCCACCUGAUCCCACGGGACGGAGCUCAGGGCUGGACACAACAAGAGCUGAAGGAAAGACUUUUUCAGGAAAUCAUGUGCAAUCUGGACAAAGGCAAAAUGUGGGAGAAGGCCAUCGAGAUGGCCAAACAGCUUGUUAAACUUCACGAAAACCAAAUGUUUGAUUUCAUAGAGCUCAGUCAACUGCUGAAACAGCAGGCACAGUAUUAUGAGAACAUCAUGCACGCUAUGAGACCUCAGCCCGAAUAUUUCGCCGUGGGAUACUACGGUCAAGGUUUCCCCUCCUUCCUCAGGAACAAAAUGUUCAUCUAUCGCGGUAAAGAGUAUGAGUGGCUGGAAGACUUUAACCUCAAGCUGAUGUCUCAGUUUCCCAAUGCAGUGAAGAUAACCAGCACAUCGCCCCCUGGUGACAACAUCACUAACUCACCCGGUCAACAUAUUCAGUGUUUUACAGUGAAGCCUGUCCUAACUUUACCUUCACAGUUCAAGGACAAGGGAGUUCCUGAACAAAUCCUCAAGUAUGAAUCAACACCCUCGUCACAAUUCAAAUCUAUUGUAAAUCAUGCUGUUAUAGAUCUUAUUUCCCUCUGUUGUUUUCCCAGUUACUACAGGACGAACGAGGUGGACAAGUUCCAGUAUUCAAGACCGUUUAGGAAAGGAGAAAAAGAUCCUGAUAAUGAGUUUGCGACCAUGUGGAUCGAAAGGACCACUUUUAUUACUGCAUACCGCUUUCCAGGAAUCCUCAAGUGGUUUGAAGUGAAAUCCAUGUCUGUGGAAGAGAUCAGCCCUUUGGACAACGCCAUAGAAACCAUGGAGCUGGCCAAUGAGAAGCUGAGUAAUCUGGUACAGCAGCAGGCGUGUGACCGCUCUCUUCCUGUGCACCCGCUCUCCAUGAUGCUCAAUGGAAUCGUGGACCCGGCUGUCAUGGGCGGCUUUUCCAACUAUGAGAAGGCGUUUUUCACAGACGCCUACAUGAAGAAGAACCCCGACCACCUGGAGCGCAUUGAAGUCUUAAAACACCUGAUUGCAUUGCAGGUCCCUUUGCUUGAUGAGGGAAUUCGGAUCCACGGAGAGAAAUCCACGGAGCAGCUCAAACCCCUUCACAACAGAAUCGUCUCCUGCUUCCAGGACCUGCGUGCCAAAGUGGAGAAACUCUAUGGCGUCAUUACUCUACCCUGCUCUCUGACCGAAAAGAAAAAGAGUCGCGUGGGGUCGAUGGUGAUGCCAUACAUCAUGUCCUCCACGCUCAGACGGAUGUCCACCAUCUCAAACGCCUCCUCGGGACACUCCAGCGGCUCAGGCUCUUCAGACGGACACUCCUCCAGGCCUGCAUCCCAGGAUUCGCUGCUCUCCCGCGUGAGCGACAGCAGGGUUUCGGUUCUGUCCCGCUCAGAGGAAGAUAAUCGGAUAAGUAAGAAGAACAGGAAGGAAUGGAGCAUGAGCAAGUCUCAGGUCUUACUGGAGCGACCCGCUGACACAGACCAGAUUCCUCCAGAGAAGCAGCCAAGGCCGAAAAGUCUGACGAUAGGGGACCGGAGACUCACGCUGUCGCUGUUUCAUGGAGAAUCAUCCAAUUUGACUUUACACAACCCACUCAGCCCUCUGCCUGCCACACCACACACACCGCGCAGCUCGAGUUAUACAUGUCUCCCGAGCGAGAGUGAUUUCAGCACACCCGACAUCACGAACAUCCCUCCACCAAUGCCUCCCAAGAAACACACUCACGAGAGCGAGAGCAUCUAUAACUCUACUUCUGAGUUCACGCCUCCUUUACCGACGAAAGCUGAAAUCAAGCCUCCACCGCCGCCACCCAAAACACGCAAGUCCAUGUUUUCCACUUACGAGAGCAAUCCACAAUAAAGACACUCCGGUUCUCCUGAGGAUCUGUCAGCGUCCCACUUAUAGAGGAAAAACAUCUGAACGGUACUAUUCUGAGCUGCGAUUUGUGAUGAAAAUUUGAUUGAAGAUUAUCAUUACAUUUUUUGGUAGCAAAACAGCAAAGUUUUUUUAUUUGGAAAUGAACUGAGAAAUAUAUUUAUUCAACACUGCUGUGCAGGAACGUGACCAAAGGUUGGUUUGAAUGUUUAAAUCGGCCUCACAUCCACUGGAUUCGUUCGUUUAUCUAGACCUGUAGCUGUGCCUUAUGAAAAGAGAUAUUUAAAGUUAUUGAAGUUUUUACUUCCUCGGUGCACAUAUUCACUUUGCACAUUGCUCAUAAUUGUUGAGUUGUGCAUUCAUGCCAUUAAACCUUUUCUAGUUGAACUUGUUGAACCAAGGACUAAGAAAAGACUGAUUGUGUUUGCGUUUUCACUGUUUAGAGCUAUAUCUAGGCAUUUAAGAAAGACUGUGAUUUAAAUCAGUAUAAUAAUGCAAGUUUUAUCAAAUUGAAAAACAGAAUUCAGCUAGAUGAAGCGUAGUUCUUCAGGGAACGGUACAUGUAUUUUGGAGCUGGUUCCAUGCUUGGGACGGCCCUGAUUUGGAUCAACAUACUCAUCUAUGGAACACGCUAGCCUAGGAAGGUUUGCUGGUUCAUGUACCUCAAUUCAGAAUAUCACUUCAGCUGUAUUUGUAUUUUUCUCUUCCAUUGUGAUAGAAUGCAGCUGCAAAUUUGGAUUUGUAAAGUAUUCAUUGUAAUGAUUUUCAAAACAGGUACGUAUAAACAUCCGAAUAGCAGGAGUUCACAGUUCACCAGGUAAAAAAUACAUGGCAUUAAUGUUGUUUGUAAUGGGUUCUCAUAUUAAGGUAAUUUGCAUAAAGAUCGCAUAGUUUUGUACUUUAAGAGUGUGUUUUUCUUUUUUGCAAUUAUGAUAAUAUUUAAUUGAUGUGCACAUGGGAGAUUCUAUUUCUGAAUUAAAUGUUUUGUACAUUCUUUGUUAAACCAUGACAUUUUCAGAACAAAUGUGAUAGAAAUGACACAAAAUUCCAGAACAAUGUUUUUAUAAAGGGAUUGUAGGUGUAAAUAUAGAAUUUUUCUUGACAGAAUUAUUUAAACUUGAAGCUGUAAUUUAAAUUAGAUUUAAAUGAAUGAAUUUGUGUUUUUAUUUUGAAUUUGUUCAUUCUGAACAACAAUACAGUCCACUGGGAUUCUGGCCUGGAUCAUUUCAACAUUCAAAAUUUUUUCAGUUUAGUAAAUGAAUGUUUUUUAUGUAAUUAUUUGCGUUUUUUUGUCAGAGUUUGCAGUUUUUCCACCUGCUGGCAGAAACCGUAAAGCCAAUGGACAACAACCAAUCAGUUUAUUGAGUAUUUUUGCACUCUAGUUUAAAUAAAAGUGCCAAAAAAAUCUUGAA